CAAGGAGGCUGGCCAGAGAACAGCUUUAAAUGCUUCAUUUCACGAGUUUUUCUUCUGUGGUAGAUAGAAGUAGUUGACUUGAUUUUCCUUUCUUAUGACCAUGCAUUUUCCAAAGCCAGCGGUUCCUUACAAACUACCCUUUUUCUGCCUGGGUAUAACUCAUUAUUUCCAGACUGUAUGAGUUGGAUAAUUCUUAACUCUUCUCCAAGUAACUCUCUUGCUAAGAAAAAAAUUAUAGUAGAACUCUUUGAAAAUGGAUGUUUUGCACACUUUUCUUCGGAUGCACAAGCCGGCAGUCACUGACAUAGAGACUUGAAGUUUCUUAUGUUUUUUUAAUGUGUGUGUGUGUUUAUAAGACCAGGAAAUAAAGGAAAAAGACCUUCCAGAUUUCCAGAUCAUCCUACCUUCUUCCAUGGAGGAUGGCGUGUAGUGAUAGCAAAAUGAGAAGCUUUGAAACCCUCUGCAUCUAGAUAUAACUCUCUUCUACUACUGGACAGAGUCUCAGAGACCUGCCAACAAUAUACCUCCAAGAAGAUAACUGGCUCCAAAUACUGCCUUCAGGCUACACAGUUAACCUCAAGGAGAAAAUGUCAGCUUCCAGGAACAGAAAAGGUAUCUUCCAACCCGAGAAGGCGGGACGUUGAUUCCAGGCUCCAUGACUUGUGGUAUUUCCUUGUGAUCAUGUUCUUUGGGUAGCCAGGCCUUAAACAUGAAGAGGAUGCCAGAGAGAGAGUGCUGAGUCUCCACACACUCCACACUGGCAAUGAGAAGUCACUCAAGCCAUGUCAGGAGCAGUGAAGAACCAUGCUCUGCUUGGGCUGGGUGUUACUUUGCUUUGUUGCAGGAGAGAAGACCAUGGGAUUCGAUCAUUCAGCUUGUGCCACCAAAAGACUUCUUUGGAUAUAUCCUGUGGAGGCUGCAGAGGAUUUUGUUCUAUUUUGUGAUUUACCAGAGCUUCAUAAGUCACAGUUAUCCCAAAUAAGUCAACUGUCAUCAGCACAAGGCUCUGCCCACAUGCCUUGCAGUGGUAACCAGGACCUAUCUGAUGUCCAGUGGUACGUGCAACCACCAAGUGGAGGUCCACUAGAGGAGAUCGGUAGAAACUCUCUUUAUGUGCAGACGAAAGGCAUGCUGCAUAUAUUGACCCCACAGAAGAACAAUGUUGGGUCAUAUAUCUGUAGACCCAGGAUUAGGAGUCCUCAGGAUAUGACUUGUUGUGUCAAGACCAUCUUAGAACUUAAGCCUCAGAGAAAUGUAUCCUGUGGGAAGCCUGUAGAGCACAAGCAAUACCUAUUUCUUGGAAGCACGGGCUCCAUUUAUUGUCCCAGUCUCAGCUGCCAAAGUGAUGCACAGAGUCCAGAGAUGACCUGGUACCGGGAUGGAAGACUCCUGCCUGAGUAUAAGAACAGCAUCAUUAAGUUGGGUGCCAUUUAUGACUCUUACCAGGGCUUGUAUGUGUGCGAUUACACUCAGUCGGAUAAUGUGAGCUCCUGGACAGUCCGAGCUGUGGUUCAAGUGAGAACCAUUGUUACAGACAUCAAUCUAAAACCGGACAUUCUGGAUCCCAUCACAGACACUCUGGAAGUAGAGCUCGGAAAGUCUUUGACUCUACCCUGCAAAGUCCAAUUUGGCUUCCAAAGAGACUUCCAGCCUGUAGUAAAGUGGUAUGUCAAAGAAUCUACUCAGGAGUGGGAAGUCAAAGUAUUUGAGGAGAAACGCAUUCAAUCCAACUACAAGAACAAUGUCAUCGAGCACACUAUCUUCCUGAGAGAAGUCACUCAAAGAGAUCUUAGCAGAAAGUUUGUUUGCUUUGCCCAGAACUCCAUUGGGAACACAACAAGGACCAUCCAACUGAGGAAGAAGGAAGGGGUGGUGUUUGUCUACAUCCUCUUUGGCACAGCCAUGAUGCUGGUGGGCAUUCUGGUAGCAGCGGCCUUUCUCUACUGGUACUGGAUUGAAAUCGUCCUACUGUGCCGAGCCUACAAGAGCAAGGACGAGACUCUGAGGGACAAGAAGGAGUUUGAUGCCUUUAUAUCUUAUGCAAACCAGAGCUCUCUCGAGAGCGAAGCCACUGGACCACUGAGUGAGGAACACUUGGCCUUGAAUCUUUUCCCAGAAGUGCUAGAAAACAAAUAUGGAUACACCCUGUGUUUGCUUGAAAGGGAUGUGACCCCAGGAGGAGUGUAUGCAGAUGAUAUUGUGAGCAUCAUUAAGAAAAGCCGAAGAGGAAUAUUUAUCCUGAGUCCCAGCUAUGUCAACGGACCCUGUGUCUUUGAACUACAAGCAGCAGUGAACCUUGCCUUGGUUGAUCAGACACUGAAGUUAAUUUUAAUUAAGUUCUGUUCUUUCCAAGUGCCAGAAUCUCUACCAUAUCUAGUCAAAAAGGCUCUUCGGGUUCUUCCCACUGUCACAUGGAAAGGCUUGAAAUCGGUCCAACCCAGUUCCAGGUUCUGGACUCAGAUAUGUUACCACAUGCCUGUGAAGAACUCCAACAGGUUUAUGUGCGAUCGACUCAGAAUUAUCCCCAGGAGGUUUUCCCCAGAACAAGACCUGACAAGAGAGAAACCACAAGGAGGGGUACCCAGCUCAGGGAAUAGCCACGGGACCCAGAACCUGCUCCUCUCCAGCAACCAGAAGAGGUGCUGAUGGGCAGAACUCGAUUACGGAUCAGGCUGGUAGAAAACCGAGUUGUCCUCUCUGUACCAAGCAAGCAUGACAGGUGGUGGAAUGAAGCAGUGGCCAUGGUUUAGGGUCCGAGUGCCUGGAAUGGACACAGAGAGAAUGUGUGAUACUCCAGACCUCUGCACGCACUCAGCUCACGAUGCCUGAGAGUCUCCAAGUAGCUUGAGCAGAGUCAGCAGGGACAGCUGUUCCUGUAUGGCUAUGGACUGUCCACUCUGUCUGCAAGCCUGUUUUGUACUGUGUAUGAAUGCAUCCUAUGUGUGUGUAUGUGUGUGUGCACAAUCAGAUUAAGUGUGACUUUAUUUUAUUAGAUGUGAGUGACUGAAACUCUAACACUUUUCUGUAGGGAAGUUUUUACUGCAUGUUUAUUCAUCAACCCUAAAGGACAGAAAGGAAACAUAAAUGGUGAGACUAACAGAGCACAGAAUAGAUAGGAUCUCCAGGGUCCUUGUGGGUAAUUACCUCUUUGAAGGCAUGAACCAGGUACAUGUUUCUAGACCUGCCGUUGGAUACUGUGCAUGAAAGCCAUUGCUGGUAGAAAAUAUCAUGACUCACAAAUGCAUUUAGUGAACUCAUCCUGUGUCACAGUUUAGUAACAGUACCCUGUAGAAUGGUGACCAUUCCUUUUGUGAUUGAGGGACUGAGUGACAGCUGUGCUUUCUGCCCUGCUCAGUACUGCAAGAGGAUGUCACAUAACAAGUCACUAGCUCCAUAAAAAAGCUCAGCAUCCAAAGUGUCAAAAAAUCUUAAUCAAGUUCUCCUAAGUUGUGGAUAGAAUGGAGGACAUAGCCCUCCCAUUGGGAAGGUGGAAUCUGCAGGAUUUAGAUUUAGGAACAGGAUGGAGCUGAUUAUAAUUUCUCCUUGUUUCUUUGGACAGAGACCUUUCAUGCAGAAAUCAAAGUAGAUCAUCUUACCCUGAGUAAGUAGGACUGGAAGUAGGGACUAAUUAGGCACAGAUCAUUAGUUCAACUAAGGGACAAGGAACGGACUAGCAGUUGCCUACAAACUGAAGAGGCAGCAAUAGUCAAGGUGAGACUUCUGGGGCAUAAGUGCACACAUCCAUUGACAAGCAACAAGAAUGGAGUGGGUACCAUACCUUUGUUUGCCUGCUUAGGGUGGUCCCUCUGCAUGCACACUGACUGAGCAGCCUUAGUUUAUGUCUUCCUUAGUAACAAGAUGAUGUGCUUAAGGGCCAGGCCAUCAUUUUGAUUAGCAAGGUGACUUUGAUUCUCAUAAGUUGACCUGCAGCUAAAAUCGGCUUCAAGUUUGGUGUAGAUGUUCAUGACAUUUGAACUCCCCCUUUCCUGACAGAACAGGGUGACUCAUCAUGCGGGCAGUAAAGGACAGCACCUGUGAAGUGAACUGACUCACAUGUCAUGAGGAGCAUCCACCAGGGACCGAAUGAGAGUCACAUGCAGAGUGGAUCAGCUGCUGCCAUCUGGCCACUUGGUGCCUGUGUGAAACGCUCCUCGGGUCCUUCUUCACAGAGGAACCACAUCACAAGGACCACUGCGGCUUUGGCGCUAAGCAGCAUCCUUGCUGGAAAUUUCAGAGUUAAAGAGGAGCCAAAGGGUAUAAAUUAUGCCGGGGAGGACGUCUCUUGUGGGAAGGAUAGCAGUAGGGAGGAACCCACAUUUGUUGAACCACUGUGCCCUGGAUACAGCCAGGUUUCCUGCCAGCCUCUCUCUCUGAGAUCUUAGACUCAGAAACCUCUUCUGGACAAUGCAGCCAGGUUUACCUUGUUCCAAGAUACUGUGUUCCCAACGAUUCCAUAGCCCUCCCUGCCUUUAGCUUCACUGUGUCUCAGACUCACACACACAUGAAAGCAGAAAUAUCCAGUCCAUGUUUAUAGAAUGUCCUCUUUCUCAUAACUAGGUCCAAUGAAGAUGGCAGAUUUGCAUUUAAGAUGGAAAGUUAUUAGUAUUUAUUUCAUGCAUAUUAACCAAACAGAGAGAAUAAACAAAACAAAUUUCUUAUGUGUGAGAGACUUGCUGAUCAACUAGAUUCAGUGGAGUGACAGCAAAGUUCUGUUUUCUUGGCACCAUUUGGACAAGGUGGCCCUACAUUCUGCCUCUUGUUUUAUAUGUUUUGAACAGAUACAAUGGUCACAAUGCUUUAUUUCACUAUAAAGAAGCAUCGCUAUUUAAAUACAGGAGUCAUUUACAGGAGUCAUUACUCCAGGACGCAUUGCCAACUUGUCCUUAUCGACCUUGUAUGGUCUCCCAGACAGUUCUCAUAGAGGGUUCUCAAUAACAUUCACAUUAUUCCCAGGUUGGCACCUCAAGCAAGAUGAAGCAAAACACAUACAACCCCGACUGCUUGUUUUAUGUCAGCUUGUAACAAACUAAGUCAUUUUGGAAGAAGGAACCACUACUAAGAAAGUGCCCUGUUAGACUGACCUGUGGGCAAGCCUGUGGUGCAUUUUCUUGAUUGAUGAUCGAUGCAGGGGACCCAGCUCAUAGUGGGUGGGGCCACUCCUGGGCUGGUGGUCCUGGAUGCUUUGAAGAAGUAGGCUCAACAAGCCAUGAAUAGGAAGCCAGAGAGCAGCACUCCCUCAUUGCUCUGCUUCAGUUCCUGCCUCAAGGUCCCUGGCUUGUAUUCCCUGUACAAUGGACCUGAGAAUUGUAAGCCAGAAUAAACCCUUACAUUCCCAA